AGGAACUCUGACAAGAAGACCUUAUCAACAAGGAAUAUUUUGUACUCGAUGUGGCAGACGUGACAAAUGUACAGAUUUUCUAUGCAGUAAUGCAGAUCGUGACCAAGCCAUAUAUUACCGAUUUUGGUAUCCGAGGUGGGAAGUGCCCCGGCCAAUUGUGUGUGACCCACUGUGCGCAUUUAUUUUCUUUCUGAGAAUGAUAAGUUUGGUGGUGUGUGUCAUAAUUGUUUGGAUAGUACAGCCUCAGUUUCCAAAUAUCUUAUUGGAACAACAGAUGACAUUUACCCCUGAGGAAUCUGAAGCAGAGAGAGAAAAGGAGGAAGAAGAGGAAGAGGAAAUGGAGGAGGAAAAUGAAAAUGAAGAGGAAGAGGAGGAAGAGGAGAAAGAGGAGAAAGAGGAGGAGGAGGAGGAAAAAGAAAAGGAGAAAGAAGAGGAAAAAUAA